GCCAGUUUGCUUUCGUCGAGCCGACGGUACGGACGCGCGCGUGCUUUGAUCCCGGCAAGUUGUGUUGAUUUGGGAUAGAAAUUUGCGGGCCUAAAAGGAUCCUGAUGGUAGCGGAACUUUGAAGUUCGGAAUCGAACUGGAAGCUACUGGUGUAAAAAUAUAUUAUGCAAAUCGCGCGCAUCUAGACGCGAACAUAUUGAAAGCAGUCAUUGGUGCUAAGUAGACAAAAGCAAGAAGAUCAACGUUACUCCAACGACAUACAUCCCUCAAGACAAUUGUUUAUUCCCCAAAACAGCGAAUCAAUCUAAAAUUGAAAUUGAUCACCUCUACCACCGAUCAUCAUCCUAUAGAAAAGCCACCUUCCGUGCGUCCAUCCUUCACUGCCAUCAUUCGCGCCGCCCGGUGGGCCUCGAAGCGGGUUAACAAUGUGUGAUAAAUCGUCGUCGCACGCUAAAUAAAAGACAUACAUACUUUCGACGUGGCGCCUGCAACCAACCCAAUGCAGCCAGGCACGCACACGUUACGAAUAAAUCAUCCGUGUGACAAUAGAGUAAUUUCUCACGCCGAACAAAAACAAGAACAAAGACUAGCCCUACCCGCCGAAACAUAGUGAAUCGGAAGAACGGUUGCGAGUUUAUGAAAUUAUAUCCACCGCUGACCUGGGAGUUCCGGUUUCAAUCAGCGACCAGCAGACGCGGGAGCACAUUUCCAUCCACUAGAGAAUGACCAACCCCAACAUGGUCAGUCACAGAUCGGCGCGAUUUUCAGCCAGCAGAGCAAUGAUCGUGGUGAUAGUUUUGCUGUAUUUAACAGAAGUGCGCUCAGCCGCCGCACCACACGUUCGGGAUCCGAUCUACAGCGCCGCCAGAAGACACAACGGUGAUCAGCAAAGCACCAAUUUCAGCAGGAAUCUCCAGCACGGUAUAAAUCAUGACCGAACGAGUCGUAGUAGUCGUUACUACAGCAACGUUGGCGCCACCGGUCGAACAAACAACGAUCUCGCCCCAAUAGGCGGCACCAAAGCGAUGGAUCGGUAUGGAGCAGGCAAAACCCAGUACAUGUACGAACACGUCCAGAGUGGGUCAAUAACGCUACCGAAGGGAGGAAGAGCGUUUCUCGAACCGGACCAGAACAGAACGUUAGCAUACACAGCCAAGUUGGACACUACGGUUUACCGCCAGAAGCCCCAGUUGCCUAACAGGAACCGCAACCAUCGUCAACGGCACACGGACACUUGGUCAGCUAAUCGCCGAUCACACGAUUCUAACAUUAAAUCAACCGUUGUCAACGGACUGUGCAUCAAGUGCCCCGCAGAGAAAACCGCGAUAGCACGCAAAGGUCUGGACGGUGUACUGAUAGAACCGCCGAUGUUGACAACUUGCCGCAAUCAACCGAUAUCGCGUGACCUGUACGAACUGGAAACGCUGUUCGGAGCCAAAUUUAACUUCAUUCUACCUCACUCGAACGGUGGAGGACCGUUUUCCUUUCUAGCCAAGAUCGUCAACAAACGCAGUGGGAAAUCGAUUCUGACGUGUGAGCUACGCUACAAAGUCAUCGUCAAACAGUGCGGCCGGUAUCAUCCAAAGAGUAAGGAUCUGAAAGUUGCAUGCGACUUGGGGCACAUUUGGGGAUCAAAAUGCGCCUUUCACUGUCGAAACGAUGGGUUCCUCAGCAAACAGGAUGCAUAUGUGGAGUGCAGCGAGGAUCAGACAUGGGAGGGUGACGAGCCGUACUGUGUUUACAACGAUGUAUCGGAUGAUUACGCGUACGACAGCGACACUCCCCCUGGAUCGGACUGCAGCUACCUGAUCCCACCGAAUAAUGGGCGUUUUGCAUGCGAAAUGAAACCAUCCACCGGAAGUUCCAAUGAUCUAUACGUCCCAGAUGGAACCAUGUGUAGAAUCAAGUGUAAUGAUCAUUAUGAUAUCCCAGGGCAUCUUCGGCCGGCAUCCGUGUUCAGUUGCCACGGUGGGCGCUGGAAUUCGACGAUGAAGCAUUUCUGUCAUAAAGUGGGUGUCGGGAUGCAUCCAAAACGGCGAUAUGGUUAGAAUAAAAGGUGAACUAUAGCGGUACCCCGUUUUUUUCUACUUGAGGAUUGUUAGACUAAGUAUUCCAAGAUAAGAAAAGUGUUUUACGGCUUCAAAACUAGUGCGAACUUGUAUGUGAGUGUAUGGUUGAUAAUGCUAUUUUUCUGAUUAAGUAAAACAUUUACUUACAUUUGUGAGGUAAGCUAGUAAUUGCGCGGAUUACUCUUUGUUUGACUACCGUAUGAUAAGCUUGAGCGUGAGCAUUACUAAACAAAAUAGCUAAUAUCAUUCUACAUUACGGUUGCUAAAUGCAGUUGCCAUUCAAAAUGGCUCGUUUUUAGCUAAACAUGACAAAGUGUUACAUGACUCGAAGCACAGUUUUUUUUUAUAUUGAAAAUAACGAACUUAUUGUAACGACAAGAAAUACGCUUGAACAUAUUU